UUUUAAACAUUUCAAGCUUUCAAUUAACAGCUUUCACAUUGUUUCCUCUGUUCCAUCCCAUCAAUCAUAAAAACAAGGUCUGCAGGUAACUGGCCAGGCUGUUCAUUACCUUUAUCUAAUACAGUAAAGACUGGCCAGGCUGUUCAUUAUCUUUUCUAAGGAUCAAGAUUUAGGAAUCUUAAUAAUCCCUUAUGCUAGUUUAUUGGCUACAACCACAGAAUUGAACAUGCUUACUAUAGCUGAUUCUUCAAGUUUUUAGGGAAAACUCAGACCAUGAUAACCAAAGAUAUUGAAUACCAUCAGUUUACAGAAGGAAUACAGGUCCAUUUUACAAAAGGAAUACAGGUAACGAAUCAGAACACCAAAUUUCAAACAAAUGGACCCAUCCUCAACAAAUUAUCAAUAACCAUACUUAAAACGACCAGUGCUCACAGACAUUUCUCAAACUUGAUUUUAAUAGACAAAAUCACAUUACACAACAAACCCCAAAGUUUGAAUUCGAUAAAAAGAACCAAACCGAACAAAAAGCAAACUUAUUUUCAAUCAAACUGAGCUGAAUUACACAAAACAUAGAAAGAAAGAAACAACAGAGCCGAAGUAAUACGAGAAGUCCAGCUUUAAGAACCAAAACCCAUAUCCCUUGAUUGCCUAGCUCCCAACACUCUAUCAACCCCAGAACACCUUAAAAAUCAAAACUUUAGCUGAAGGCGAGAUUAAGGACAAAUCUCGCUGAAGACGAGAUCAAGGACAAACCUCAGAGGCGAGAUAGUCGAGACGAGUCGGCGUACUUGCCUGAUUUGAGGAAGAGAGCGAUACAGCCAACAUGAAAUUGGAGGCCGGCAUUGGAGGACCUUGGGCCUGCCUCUGCCUCCCUUGAAACUAGGAGAACUCGUAUGGGUGAUUGGGAGAGAUCACUGCAGCAAGGGUAGUUUUAGGUAUUUUGAAAGUUUCAUUAAACUGUUCACUACAGUGUACCCCGGCUACAGUGCUCGCUUCUGCUUCCAAAAGCACGGGUUGGCCGGCUUCUGCUUUUGCUCUGAAAAAGCCCGUGCUUUAAAGCAAAGCACGUCAUUUCAUCCUUACCAAACACUUAAUGGUGCUUUGCUUAUAAGCACAGGACCUAAAAAGCCCCUCCCCCCAAACGCAGCCUAAAUCCCCUCUUGAAAUUUGGGGUUUCUCACUUCCAUGGCUCCAGAAACCGAAAUUAGAAGUUGACAGACUGAAUCCUUGUUUAGCAUAAAGAGAGCAAUAUGCCAAAGGAAUUAGCAAAAGAAACGCAGGCAAUGAAUCCAAAGCCAAAUACCAAGCAUCCCCAAGUGGAAUCUGCAAAGCACAGGAGCAACACUGAACCACUGAGGAAGAAGGAGAAGGAGAAGAAGAAGAAGGGUCAGCCGAGCAUUAUGGGUAAAGUAAGACGAAGAUGGGAGGACUUAGAAAGGGACUGCUUGGUGAAUGUUUUCAGAAGAGUGGGUAUGGAGUCACUGCUAUUCGAUGUGCCUUUCGUGUGCAAGUCAUGGUUUACAGCAACCCUUGAUCCUUCAUGCUGGCAAUAUCUCAUUUUUCCAGAUAUUCCAUCUGAUCUUGCUGACCGUUUGGACAAUAUAUUUUCUUUUAUUUAUCCUAGUGAUUCCAUUGAGCUCUAUCCUGAUCACUUUGAUCCCUUAAUAAGAAGAUAUAUAGGAGCAUAUCGAUUUGGAUCAAGCCACGUAUCUAUUACUGCUUUUGUUGAGUUUGUCCUUCGUCGGAGCAAUGGAAAUGUCGUGUUUCUGAAGGUACCUCGCCACUGUCCAAAAGCUGCUCUAAAGUCUGUAGCACAUGCGUGUCCUGACCUGAAGGCUUUGGCUUUGCCGAGAGACGCGUUGAAUUCAGAUGUAGUUCCUGAAUUGGUUGGCAGCUUGACAAGUUUGAGGUCAUUGUUGUUAUUGGGAAGCUGCAAUUAUAUUGAGAGAUUUUUAUUACCAAUCAGCAAGUACUGCAAGAAAUUUCGUGGUUUAUGUUUUUAUGAGGCUUAUAUUACUGAAGAGGCUGCAUCUGCGAUUGUUAACUCAUUGCCGAAUAUCAAGUACUUGAUUCUGAGGAGCACUUUGAUUAGACCAGAUGGUUUGAUCACAUUGCUGCGCGGCUGCAAACAGCUUGUGCUUUUGCAUCUCAGUGAGUGUCCCUGUUUUCGGGUCAACGAUGAGAUACUGAAUCUGGCAUCUCGUAUUAGCGACUUCAGAUUUUCCAAUCAUUUUGGAGGUUUUCAAGGUUAUUAUGUGGACGAUGAGCUAGGCUAUAUUAAUUUUGAUGAAGGCACCAGUGACGACGACUAUGAUUAACAAGAUGCUUCUUCAUAGUGUUAUACUGAUCAGAAUUUGUGUGAAACUCUCUCUUUCCUUAUCCUCGAGUCCUGAUUAGCUUGAUGUAUGAUAAAUUUUACUGUACUUUUCUUUAAGCGUCCUGGCUUGAUUUCAUAGUAUGAGCCUAGCUAUAACAACAGCAAAUUAUAGCAAAACUACACCGAUUCUUAAAUUUUGGCGAAGUACAUCAUAUUCGUUACAUAACAUGACUACGAAGUACAUCAUAUUCGUUACAUAACAUGUUAGUCAUGUUAGCUCUAAUUAUGAUGCCCGAUUGAGCGAUGGCUGAAAGUUCACUAUUGUGCUUCUCACACUUCGCAAUAGCAAGUGAGAUUUAGGAAAAUCCACAAGUUUCGUAUGGAGGACAUUGCCAAGAGAUAAGCAGAGUAUAUAACAACAAACUAUAAAGGACAAUAUAUAGCCAAACAAAAAUCAUCCAUUUAGCAACAAAAGCUUCAAAAGUAAAUAGUCUCAAACUCUGACAAAUUGAAAAGACGACACAACUAGAACAUUUGGGUCACCACCGCCUGUCAAGCACCCAAUUCUGAGUGCAAGGACUGGACAAGCAGAAACACAGAGAACUAGAAGCGAGAAAACUAAAAGCUAGAAUAACCAAACGGUUCAAAAACACACAA